AAUACUAUUUCUAGCACAGUUUGACAGUUUUUCAAUCAAUUUCUAUUGUGUUUUUUUCUUGAACAAGCCGGGCCACGUAGAAUUUGCAAGAUUUGUGUUAAAAUUAUAAAAAUAUAUAUAAACAAUUAAUAAUUUACAAAAAAAACCAUGGAAUCCACAAUGCAACGUUAUGUAUCGCCCAUUAAUCCGGCUGUUUUUCCUCACUUAGCCACAGUAUUGCUCAUUAUUGGUACAUUCUUUACCGCUUGGUUCUUUAUCUAUGUUGUAUCCAGACCUAAGAAUACCAAAGAGAAGACUCUGUUUAAAGAAUUGGCUAUUAGUUUAUGUGCUUCAGUAUUUUUGGGUUUCGGUAUAAUGUUUCUAAUGUUGGCAGUGGGUAUUUACAUUUAAAUGGACUCAGAAUGGUAUAAAUGAAAACACACCUACGGCCCUCUUUAUUCACUAGGAUUGGUUUGAAGCUUAUUGAAAACCUACAUUAAUAUUAAUAAUGCUAAACGUACAUUUAUAAGUAUGCGCAAAACAUUCAAAAGCAACCAAAAUUUUGCAAUUCCAAUUUUUAUUAAAUAAAAGAAAAUAAAUAUCAAAA